GCACCGACAAGUCACUUCAUUUCUGAUCAGUUUCCAGCAGCUGCUCAUCGAUAUGGGGGUCGUCGGUAUGAGCUCUGUGCUAUUGCAGGCGCCAGGCAUGGAGACCCUUCGUUGUACAAGACCAUUUAAGAGCGCAGGAAGCUCGCACAUUAGAGCACCAUCAGUCGUAAGGCCGUGCUGCCGUGCCCAAGCCCAAGAUGGACCCACUCCACAGCGACGCGAUUUCCUUGCUUUUGCAGCUUCUGCAGGUAUAUUGGCAGCCAUUGCGAGACCAGAGAAUGCUGCAGCAGUCUCUGUUCCACAGUGCGAGGAGCUGACCUCAGCGCCCAAUGGUAUCCAGUACUGCGAGGUCCGAGAGGGGACUGGAAACACCCCUGCAAAGGGAUCCCUCAUCCGGUGUCACUACAGGGGCCGUCUGGCCUCCAACAAUGCAGUCUUUGACUCCAGCUAUGAGCGUGGCAGACCUCUUACCUUCAAGGUGGGAGUGAGGGAGGUGAUAGCUGGGUGGGAUGUGGGCAUUCUGGGUGAUGCUGAGCAAGGCAUCCCUCCAAUGAAGGAGGGGGGCAAGCGUGUGCUGGUCAUCCCCCCGGAGCUGGCUUAUGGGGACCGGGGGGCCGGGCGGGGGGUCAUUCCCCCCAAAGCCACCCUCAUAUUUGAUGUGGAGCUGCUGGGGAAACGGUGAUGGGAGAUGCCCCAGAUGUAGUGCCUGAAGUGGAAAAGUCAGACUAGGGCAUCUUGCUAGUGCUUCAAACAGGAGGUUCUGGCCACGCAUGGCCAGCUGGAUCGGUCUUAUGUAGGCAGUGCACAUCAUUGAGGCCUGAGCGACUUGCACUAUGCUGCGGUGCAAUUUCCCUUGUGCGCCGCAGCAGCUCCGAGCUGUUGUAGUGAGUCACUUUUGUCAGAGUUGGCGGCUGUUCGUGCCAGUCCUGUUCCUGCCAGUAAUGGGCAUGCCAUUCAAGGCAUCGGUCUCGAACGUGGGCAGUCAGAACCCUUGCUGAGCAACUUCUCCGUAUCGAGUCAAGCUUUUGAGGGCACGCCUUCUGAGGAGUGCAGACUCUGCCAGGCAGUGCCACAGACAGUGUCGGACUCGAGUGACAUUUGCACUGCAUGGCAUUUCUUGCAAUACGGUGCAUCAGCAUCAAAAGCUCUAGAAAGUAAGGAUCACUGAUCUUGAC